AUGAAAUUAGAAGAUUUGCCUCCAGAAUUAAUUCAAUCGAUAUUUGAUUUACUACCAACUUCUACAAUCAAAUAUUUAUCUCGUAACGGUGGUUGGACAAUUCCUUAUGCUUUACAAUCUGGAUUUAAUUCCAUAUCAAUAAUUCAUAAUAUUAUUCCCUUUGAUAUUCCUAACAUUACUAAUCAUCAUCAUUUGGAAAAGAGGGGUAUUUUACCAACUUUCACAACUCCGUUAUUACCAAAUAAAAACCGAACAGCCGUAUUUGGUUCAUUAUACGAAUUAAUUUCAUUUCUUGACCAAAACUCGGGGUUUAUCCCCACCGAAGUGGCUUUUGAUCUGUUAGAUGACUUAAUUAUUUUUCAUGACACACAUCAUGACAAAUUGAUAAAAAUCCCCUAUCUUAAGGUAUCCCUACCUAGAUACUUACCAUUUAAUGAUUCUACCUUCGAUAAAAUCAAAUUAAUUCAAUCCUAUCCUUAUAAUAUAUGUGUUCAACAAUUUCCUAUGCAUGGUGAUUAUUCCGUUGAUGGCGCUACCAUACAAUUUAACUCCGAGAUCCGGCAUCUUGAAAUACCAAAUCUUCACCUAUCAGAUCCCAAGUUAGUAUUACAACAAUUACCAAAUUUACAGAGUUUGUCACUAGAUGAUCUCUUAGAGUUAUCAUUGGAUGAUAUUCCAACUACCCUUAGACAUGUGUCGUUUACAAAUUCCAAGUUGGCCAACAAGAAGAAUUAUCAACUCCAACUACCUGAAUCGGUCUCGAGUAUGGAAAUCCGUGACACUAUUUCACCCACACCACUUAAAGGUGGCAUGAAAAUGAUUGAUUAUACCAACGUCGACCAGCUUAAGUUUUCAAAAGGUGUCUUCUCAAUAUCUUCAACUAUGAUUCUUCCUCCCAAUUUAAAAAAGUUGAUGUUUUGGGAUUGUAGUAUGAAGGCUUUUCCGAUUUUCGGCCAAGCCAAUCAUUUCCAAAAUUUGGGUAAUUUGGUAAUAUCAGGAGAAUGCUACCAUCAGUUCUACUAUGAUUUUUUCAAUUCUGAGUUCCCGGAUUCAUUGAUUGAGAUAUAUGUUAAUAAUACCACUUUAAAGAGACCUUCUGAUGACUUGUAUAAUAAUUUCCCUGAUUUUUUUGAUAAUAGUAAACGAUUCAUCAUUGGUAAGAAAUGUCAUUUACCAAGACACUUGAAGAAAUUAUCUUUGAAAUGUCCCGAUGCUAUAAUUAAACCAACACUUCAAUUGCCAGAUACUUUGGAAAGAUUGGAAUUGUUUGACUUUUCAGAAAUCCCAAAUUUCUCUAACUUGAAGCUUCCUACAAAUCUUAAAUAUCUCAGGUUGGAUAAAUCUAGAGUUGACUUGGAUGGAGUAGUAUUUCCCGUUGGUCUUGAGGUGCUCAUAAUCCUGAAUAUUCAAGUUUCAAAUGUGAGUAAUUCCAAUUUACUCGAGCUUGAGAACUUGCGGACCCUAUCUAUUAAAACCACCGACAAGAAUAUUGAGAUAUCUUACGUUAAUGGAACUCCCCUUGGACAAUGUGAUUUCAGAAAUAUGAAAAGCUUGCGAACACUAGAAUCACGCAGAAUUAAUUGUGGGAGUGAACUUCUUAUGAAACUACCACCCAGUGUCCAAACCUUAUCACUUGAAGAGUGCGGGUUCAUGAAUAUUUCCCCAGAUUUUAGUUUCCCCCAAUCUUUAUGUGAAUUCAAAUAUACCUUGAAUGGUAUUAAUUUGGACAUAUUGGAGAAUCUUCCAGAUACUCUUGAAGUUAUAGAUUUGACCAAUUGUGCUGUAUCUGGUCUGGGUACGUUUAGAAAUAUGCCAAGGUUGCAAUACUUAGACCUCUCCUGUGGAUUAUACGAAAGUAUGAUUGAAGAGAUGCACCUAGAACGAUUCUCAAGAUUGGAAGUGUUGAGAAUGAGAAAUUCUCAAAUUCGAAAUAUUAAUUUAACCAAAUUCCCCAGAAAUCUUACCGAAUUGCAUUUAGCUAUUCCCAAUAUGUCCUCUUUAACAGGAGAUUUCGCACAACAAUUCCCAUAUUUGAAAUAUCUCAUUAUGGAUUCAACCGAUUUGAGAAAAGUCGAAAUGAGUGGAACUCACAUAAAUUUCGCAUCAAGAAUUCAACAUGUUUCAUUUAUGCUGUGUAAUUUUACAAGUUUGAAUUUUAUCAAUUGGAAAAAUAAUAUUGGACGUAUUGAUCUUCGUUGUAACCCAGAAUUAGACACUGAUGAUAUUGUUGAGUUGUGUCAGUCAUAUACGAAUAAGGGCUAUUUGGGAGAAGGUAUUUUUACGAAUGCUUUAGAUUGUCGGUUGAAACGAUUUAGGGCAGCGGGAAUUGUAAAAGGUUAA